AAAAUAUCAAACGAAAAGGCUUCUCGCAAGAAAUAAACAAAUGGAAUUGUUUUCAGUUUUAAACGAAACGUGCCAAAGAAAACACAGCGGAAAAAUCUUUAUAAAAUUGAUAAAGCAAAUUAAUUGUAAAUUUAUAUUUAAAUAAACUAUGAUGAAAUACUUAAUAAUUCUAAAUUUAUUAGUGGUGGCUGUAGUAACACAAGAUAUGCCACCACCAGAUUUGGACAUCACAACAAAGGCGCCUAUAACCACUACAGAAUCAACAACUCCUGAACCAACUACAACAGAAGUACCAACUACAACAGAAGAACUAACUACAACGGAAGCUACCACAACAACUACAGAAGCAACGACAACUACAACAGAAGCGAUCACCACAACAACAACUAAAGCAACUACAACUCCCGAGCCCACAACCACUUUAGCUUCUUCUACUACGAUACGAAAUGAUAUUCCAACUUCUCCAGCUACCGAUUCGCCUCUGUCAACAAGUACAACAACAACAACUUCAAUUCCCAAUUAUCCAUUUUAUCCCAGUUAUCCUGAUUAUUCCGGCGGCUUUAAAUGUUAUUUUAAAAAGCAAUAUGGCUAUGCUCAAUUGAGAUGGACUUGUAAAGGUCCAAAAUAUUUCUAUCCCGUUGAAUGUUUCAAAUGUUGUAGCUUUGAUUUUAACACAUUUGCUGGUUGUUAUAGAGUCCAUGGCCAUUACUGCAAAAAUAAAAAUCAUUAUUAUCAUAAUCAUUAUUAUCAGGGUUUUUAAAAGCGAUAAUAAUGGUGUUGUAUGAAAAUCUUAAACUGUUUAUUUAAUAAUUAUAAAUUUUAAUAAGAAUUUUUAUACAUAUUUAUAUAAAAAGUGCAUGUUUAUACAAUUGUAUUGAUUUAUAAAGAAAUUCUCUAAAAUAGACAAUUAUUUAGAAAGCAUCGACAAAAAAACUUGUUUUAAAUUGUGAUAAUUAUAUUAUUUAACAGAAAUUAAAAUGAAUGAAAACUUAAA